AGUGACUUGGUCACAGGAGGACAGUACAGUAGGAGUCUGAAGUGACAUCAAUGUAAAUCCCAGGUUCCAUCAAAUGUGGUUUUCCUCUCAGAAAAUGUCUGGGAUUCACAUUACCACAUUCUUUUAUUUGUGUGAUUGCAUCCUGUCUUUAAAGUCCAUUUCAAAUGUGUCCUGCUCAGCUGGCUUUAGACCUUUUCUGAAAUCACAGCUUUAAAAAUGUAGGUUUGUACUAGAGGUGUGUCUGAGGGUGUGACUCAAUCCCUCUUGAUUUCACUCCCUUUCUCUUUCUUUCUCUCCCUCUCUCCCCCAGGCACUCAUACAGUACACUCAGACAGCAGACAUAACUCAGACUACUCUAAAAACAUGUGGUCUUUAUGAGCUAAACUGAUGUCUGUGCCUAUAGAAAAUCACAAAUCACUUCAAUCUGGUGCACAAUGGCCUUCUAAAAUGGAUCCUGGAUCAAACCUGCUUUAAGGAUGCAGUUGAGGGUCAUUCAACAGGAGGAAAUGCAACUGACAUCAGGUUUAUACUUCCAACAUGAUGACUGAAUAAGAUUUUCAGUCAUGGUGACAUUUUUUAGAGUGAAGCAAUUGGAGAUAAACAAUACAAUUUUCUUUACAUUUAUGAUAAACACCAACUAAUUACAUUUCUGCACAAUUUACAGUCAGUUUUCUGUUAGUUUUUAGUUAACAAGUGGUCAAAUAUAUUACAAAAACAUAACAGAAAGUUUUGUGAACCCAGGGUGGCAGUUGAUAAUGUCAUCUCUUUCUACACAAAGUUGAAAAAAUGCCUCUUCAAAUCAGUUGCGCUGUCGAAGGACCACUUUAUCUUUCAACUGAUGAAACGGUCAACCAACCGUCCAUGUAUCAAAUGAGGGCUGGCCCUAAGAUGGAGGCAUGUCUAUGGUGCGUCAGUGUGGUGGGGUUUCAUACAAAUACAAUGUAAGGACAGUGAGUGUGUGUGGGAGGAUGGCAACAGUAGUUAGUCAGAUUGCAGCAUAAUAAGUGCAGGGUCAGUGACAGGAAAUACCAACAAACACUGCUGUGCCGAGUUUCUGUCCGACAUUUACCCAAACAGUCUGCUACUCAACCGUGUUUCUGUCUGGAACUACCAGACUGAAGGACCAGACAGACGGUUACCAGACUACUGGCUGCUGUGAAGACAUUUUUACACAAAGAAUAAAAAAACAUUGAAUCUUUUAUGAUUCAUUUAUUGAAUCAUUUAUUGAAAAACACUGCUGACUCACAUGAGGUCCUCUAGGAGAGCUUCGUCGAGACGUCUACUCAAAUUUCUAAAUCAUCUCACUGCUGCCUGAAACAUACUGAUAUGUUUAUGCUAUUUCAUUUAAGUGUCACAAAACAACCAUUGAGUUAAGAGGUAGAAAGGUGAAGGGUUUGAGGUUUGGGGUCUUUUUGGUGUAUUAGUUUUUAAAUUUACGCUUUUCCUUUCAACAUUCUUGUAUAUUUAUUUUAAGGAGACGCCCUCCUCCACAGGGUGUCUUAUUACUUACAAGCUAUUCCAAAUCUGAACACAGCAGUAUUGUCAGGGUAGGGCGGGUAGAGGAUGGAUGGAUGAAUGGCUAGAUGGUUGGUGGAUUGAAAUGUCACUUUCUCCAUAACCGGUGUCAGUAUAGGUGGCUGCCAGUGUCCAAAUUAUGUGCUGCAGUCCUUGUCAACAGGCAGUGAGUCACUGAGACCUGCCAUAGCAGUAAUGAUGGCUCUGCUAAAGGCAAAAUACACAAACUGCUCCUGAGAUUUGCCCCCAACAUUAAAUUUUAAAAUACAGCCCUAGGACCAGCCCCAAAAUCAAAAUUCAAUUUUUUCUUGAUCUUUAAUCCUUGAUUUUUACUUGUGGUAUUAAAAAUGACGCUGGCUGUUCUAGGCUGAUAAAAUGUGUUAGAGCUGAACAUUUUAAUGAACAUCGACUGAGAUGGCCAGGGUCAUGAUUUCAAGGUAACUCCAAGGUAUAAUGGUUUUGUAGGGCGGAAAUUCCUGUACAUUGUGCCUUGAGGAGCCAAAUUGUCCCUGACUAAUGCUGCUUGUGUAUUGUUGCUGACCAUGUCCACCAACCAAGCCUCAGUUUCCGUCUUAUCUCCUGAUGUCACAUCCAUUAGAAGAAGCUUAUCCCUAAUUAUCAGUGUGGUGUCCCUAAUAAAAAGAGUGUUUGUAUGUUUCAGAGAUCAGACAGUGAAAUCAGAUUACAACAACUGUCACCAUUCACACUCUAGUGAUAACUGUGGGGGUUAACACCCUGGGACAAAAAUGCAAACACACACACAGCCAUGAGCUUAUGGGCGGACAUUACAACAGUGGAAGGGAAACACCUUAGACAUGGGAGGAACUCCUCCCUCCCUCCCUUUCUCUCUUUUCUCACCUACUCUCACAAACAUACAGAGAAUAACUGCAUGGAGGUAAAUGGGUAUUUCCUAACAUUUAAAACCAAGAUCUCAUAAAAAAAACGUCUAAGUAUAUAUAUAAAGGCUACAGCACUUUUGCUCUCUUUGAUAAAAACUUUGUAUUAAUACAAAAAAUACUAUGUUUGGAAGACAAUGCAUUUUUAAGCCUCUUUCAAAGUCUAAACUAUUUAUGAUACAUUUUGAGCUCUCUUCAUAUCUCUCUUGGCCUAACAACGAUAAUAUUUGAUAUUAACAAAAUAAUAACAAUAUUAACAGUAUUACCAUGAUAAUACUUUUACUUAUCUUCAGGGUGUUACUUUAUAUUGUCCAUUUCUGGUAUUGUAUUUAACUAUUUUGACAACUUUUCAUAUGAUAAAUAUACAUUUUAUUUGUUUUUUGGUCAAAAUUAACCACCAUGUACAUGAGAAACAAUUUUAAUGACAGGAAGUUAUUUUUGUGAUAACCUAGCUGUACCACGUCUUUAUGAUUAUUUAAUAUUAUUACGUUGUUUACUAAACAAUAUGACGUAUAUAAUAAGCUUUUGUUCCGACAAGAACUGUUUUUAAUUUUAAAAUAAAAGUCCUACACGAACGCGCGUGACACGAACUUACUCACGCGCGCACACGCCGAAGGGAAGGAGGGUGGGAGGGAGUGUCGCCUCCUCGCGCGCUGUUCAGUAGUUGAGUUUCAUUGACUUCAUCUGACACGGGAGAUAACUUUACUUUUUUUAGGCUUAUCGUUUUUCUGUUUCACAUUUUAAUUUUAUAUUUCGUCCUUCCCGGCUCUCCUCGAGGGUUACCGGGAGCCUCGUGUGCCGCUGUCUGACUCCACGCUCCCAGCGGCGGUUAAUGACGGACCACAGUGGAAGAAGAAGUGCAACAGGAGGUUUAACCUAAAACCACUCAGACUCAUACCGGGACCACAGAGGGUUUAACGGAUACACCAGAGACAAUUGUGGCCUUUUUCAGUCAUGCCACCCCGUUGCUGACGGAAACCAAAAAUCAACCCCAGGUGACUGCUAUUUAAACGAUCGUCCGUUACCAUGUAUCAUUCAGCUUUCCGUGCUGCUGUUUGCUGCAGUCUGUUCCUGGUUCUGCUGCAGUUUCUUGUACAAUUCCUGUUGCUGGUCAAUCAUGUAGAAGGAUACAAUCUGGAUCAGGGCCACAGUCUGGAGUUCAGUGGUCCCUCUUCCUCCAUGUUUGGCUACUCAGUCCUGCUGCAUCGCCACAAAUCUCACAAAUGGUUGGUGGUUGGAGCCCCAGUUGCAAACACCUCCUCCAGUCAUGUGCUGCAAUCUCCAGGAGCAGUUUUCCGCUGCAACAUUACUGCUGAAUCCCAUCACUGUCACCCCAUGCCUGCAGAUGUGUUAAACUGUGGGAAGACAUGUGAAUCAGAAAGUGAUCACCAAUGGCUGGGAGUCAGUUUGUCCAGACAGCCUGGAGACAACGGAGGACACAUUCUGGCAUGUGCUCACCGCUGGAAGAAUGCCUUCUACUCAAAACAAGACAGUCAAAGCAACAAGCUGCCUCAUGGAGUCUGUUAUCUGUAUGGCAGUGACCUGAAGCAUGGUCAACCCAUCAUCCCAUGUUACAGAGACCACCAGAGGAAGUUCGGUCAGGAUUACGGGUCAUGUCAGGCGGGUAUUUCAAAUUUCCUGACAGAGGAUCUAAUCAUCAUGGGAGCCCCUGGAACAUCUUAUUGGACUGGCUCUGUACUGGUCUUCAACACGUCUAGUCUAGAAAUGUCAGGAUACCUGGAUUAUGAAACUGGUGCUGUCACCUUUGGAAGCUACUUAGGUUACUCUGUUGGAGCUGGUCACUUCCUGAGUCCUGCUACAGUGGAGGUGGUGGGUGGAGCACCACAGUAUAACCAACGAGGAAAGGUAUACAUCUUUACUAUUGAAAACAACCAUCUGCGAAUUGUCUCGGAUGUGGCGGGGGAAGAGCUGGGAUCCUACUUUGGCUCCAGUGUUUGUGCGGUGGAUGUGAAUGCAGAUGGUUUGUCAGAUCUGUUGGUCGGUGCUCCACUGUCAACGGGCGCAGUCAGGGAGGAGGGGAGAGUCCAUGUGUACAUCAAUCAGGGGCAGGCACAAAUGAUGGAGGCGGACUAUCAGCUGAGUGGCAGCAACGCCUACGCUGCACGUUUCGGAGAAACCAUCGCUGACCUGGGAGACCUGGAUGACGAUGGUUACAAUGAUGUUGCAAUCGGCGCCCCACAAGAAGACGAUCUAAAAGGAGCCAUCUACAUUUAUAAUGGCAGGAGCGACGGUAUUUCACCAACUCCAUCUCAGAGAAUUUCUGGGUCAACUUUGGGUCGUGACCUCAGGAUGUUUGGGCAGUCGCUGAGCUCUGGCAUCGACAUUGAUGAUAAUGGCUACCAGGAUUUGGCAGUGGGCGCUUUCCUUUCAGACUCAGCUGUGGUUCUGAGGACUCGUCCAGUGAUUCAGGUGAAGGCGUCUCUGGCUCUUCCUGAGCAGAUAGACCAGAAGACCAUGGUGUGUCGAGGCCACAAGACUCCAACUGUCUGCUUUAACGUUACCGUCUGCUUCUCUGUCAAGUCCAGGCAGUACAAAGGAGUCAUAGAUCUUCAAUAUAAUCUGACCUCUGACCUUCUCCAUAAACCAUCCUUCCCUCAUCGUUUCUAUUUCCAUGGAAAUGGCUCGUCCAACAGCACAAGAGGUCAUGUGAGGGCAAGACAAGGUCAUCUGACGUGUACGACACACGUGGCUUACCAAAGGAAAGACGUGAGGGACAUUUUCACUCCUGUUCAGUUUAAAGUCGCCUACGGUCUCAAAGAAAACAGCCAGAGAACACAUUCCAAACACUUCCCUCCUUUGAAACCAAUCCUGCAGCAGAGCAAGGGACAACAGAAUACCAUCACCAACCAGACACAGUUUGCUCGAUCCUGUUCUCUGCUGAACUGUUCCACCAACAUGCAACUGUCGGCUGAACUCAUGCUUCCAGAUCAGCAGCAGUUUUUUGCUCUGGGCUCUGGACAGACCAUCAUGUUGAAAACAACCAUGUUAAACUCUGGUGAUGACGCCUUCCUGCCACGACUGAUGCUGCAGUUCCCAGACAACAUCCACUACGUCAAAGUACUGCAGAACCAAGACAACACGGUGAACUGUGAUGUCACACAGGAAGUCAACAGUACAGCAGUGGUUGUCGACUGCAGCGUCACCAGCUUCCUGCUCCUUGCCAAGGCUCAGAUGAAUAUCAACUUCUUAUUGGACGUGAGCCAGAACAGUACACCAGGUGACAUCAGCAUCCACGUGAACACCAGCAGUGAUAACUAUGAGAAAGAGGAAUAUCUCCAUGACAACGCCCUCAGUCUCCUGCUUCCUCUUAAGUAUGGAGUCAACAUUAACUUCCACGGUUAUGUGACUCCUAACUCUUUUGUGUUUGGAGAUGAAGAGCUGACUCCAGUUGAAUGUUACGCUGAAACAUUCAAUUAUACAUAUAAGGUGUUGAACUCUGGUCCCAGCAGGUCUCUGGACACAGUGGUUGAAAUCACUUUACCAAAGAUUCUGGCACCGUACAGACACAGACUGCAGCAGGUGGUCGACUGGCAGUCGUCCCAAGGUGUGUGUUCCAUCAGUGACUCCACUGUGUCAGUCAUCGAGGACUGUGACGUCCCUCAGGCCUCCUUCAUCAAACAACUCGUCUUCUUCUUCUCUUCCUCCACUCGCAGAAUGUUCUGUGGACGUGGUGAUGAUCUGUGUGAGCGGCUGGUGUGUCGUCUGGGUAACUUGGAGACAGGAAGAGAGGCCACGAUCCAACUGGAGGCCAGACUGAACCCCGCUGUGCUUCUACAAGCUCCGGGUCGUCACAGUACCAUGAUGUUGGAGAACACAGCCAGGCUGUCGUCACCUAAAGACGAUCCAGACACUGUUCUCAUCCAGAAACAACCGACAGCACAGGUGGUGGUCGAAGCUCUUUUUACACAUAAACCGUCGAUGGCGGUGAAUGUUUUCAUCAUCGUGGUCAGUCUGGUUCUGGGUCUGAUCAUUUUGGCUGCACUCAUCUGGUGUCUAUGGAAGGUUGGUUUCUUCAAGAGGGACCUGAUGAAGAAGGAGGAGAUGAUGAGACACAGCUGGGACUACGUUCCUAAAAAUGCUGAUAGGGAGAGCUACUCCUAACGCCCUCUGUAACCUUUACACUUAAUCUUCUAUGACUCUGUGAGUAUAAGUCGGUCUAUUGACGCCUGGACACACGCAGUCAGACUCUAUGAAAAGUGGACGAUGAUGACGUUCCAUGAACUUUAUUUUUACCUGAUGUGCCUUCACUGAGAUUCAGUAUCUGCAGCUACAUACAGAAGGUGGGAUUAGAGAAAGGGAAAUGGAGACAUUCAGAUCAAAAACAUCCUGCAGUAUCUUUGGAGUAUGGAGAAUGGAUGACCUUCAUACUCUCCGAGGGACAUUUUUAUCCACCUGCAGACCUCUACAUGUCAUUUAGACAAAGAAGGUCAAUUGCUGGAAGCUGGACAGUGUGUACAGUUUAUGUACUACAUAGUACAUAAGUACUGCAUUAUUUGACCUUAGAGUGGCUUACUUAAAAAUUGGAGGAAGGUCACUCUGGGUGGAAUGGACCCUCUGCUAAACUGUGAGCGAACUGAGAGCUUGCCCUGAAAAACAGACAGACUGUUGUAGCUUAUUCUCUUCUUUGCACCAUAUAUAUAAAUAUAUAUAUUAUUUAUCUUAAAAGGACUCGCAAGGACCUCAUCAGUCAAAUAUUGAGGUGUUCACUGUCACUGCUUUUGUUUUCGCUUCAAGAGCUCUUCUUCUCUACAAUUUUUAUACAGAAAGAAAAUUGCCUUAUUUUAAGGAAAAAAAGAUUUAAGACUGUGGACACAAAGUCCUAAAGUAUACUGAUGUGAAGGCCAAAAAUGAGAAAUAUCUCCCCUGACCUGCUUGUGGUUUCAGAUCCAGUCUUGGUAUUGACUCAUUUCAGUGAGUAGAACCUACUCUCUGACAUCAGAGUCUGGUGUUUUCUGGGUCGGGGCCUGAAGUGUGGUGCAUUUUGGGAAAACCCAUUGUGUCUGAAGCGUGAGGCUAAGUGAAUCAUUUAUUCACUCAUCCUCUUAUAGCCAAACUGUUACAACAGCUUUUCUUUGGAAACAAUCUGAACAAUUUCACAGGAAAUCUUUUCGUGCCAAAACAUUUGGGAACAAUGUACGGCAAUGCUUGACAAAUAGGACGGAGGAAACGAUCUGAGCACAUGUAGAGUUAGGCUCAGAGGGAGGAAUAGAGACCCGCCUUUUUAUGAGCCAGGAGAGUCAUUACAUGUCACAUCAGGAUCCACUUUGAACGGUGUUUUUGCUGCAAAAAAACAUCUUGUAACCUACUGUUUUAAACCACUGCUCCUUCGUAUGAACGUAAUUUAUUGUUAAACAGUGCUUUCUAAAAAGAAACUUAAUUUUACAAACAAAUAAAUGUACACAGAUGUUUCAGCUGGAUUCAGGUUUAGUUUCUUACUUUGUAAUCUCUUGUAUUACUAUUGUAACUUAAUUUUAAUUGAACAGGAACAGAUGCAUCUUGGGUAAUGUAGACAGCAACACUUAAAGCGACAGGGUUAAAAAGUGAAAGACUACUUGAAAGUAUUUAAAAAAUGUGUUUUAAAUGUAUUGAAAGUCUUUGGUGAGUGGUGUUCUGACGGUCUGUGUUCUGUGAAUGCAGUUCAAUGUGUUUAGUACAAAUGCACAUCACACACAGGUGUUUGAUUUCUUUUUUUUAAUGAAUAACUUCUUGUUUUUGUUUGUGAAGUUGUUCCGCACUGUAGAUCCUCACUGUAUUUCCACCUUCCACCAUUAAAAAGAAAAAAAGGUUUUCUAUAAAAAAA